ACAUUAUCCUCGUUGCCCCAAUUUUUGGUGCAGCUCAUGUGAACGGUGCAGCUAGAGCUGAACGAUGCAAUAACACAAGGCUAGUGCUGCUUCUUUUUUAAUUCAAGGAUUUGGGGCUACAUAUAUAGAUUAUAAGAAAGCUCACAUCAAUGCAUCAAUUUGCUAACCCAGCACCAAAUAUCAACUAAGAUCAUUAAACAUAAUCUGCAUGAAAGCCUUGUUUCCCAACUACUGCCUUUACGCUACAUAAAAGAAUACAGAUUUAUGUAUAUCACACUAUACAUGAACGAAAAUACAAUUAUCCCCUGAACCUUAUUUUAAUACUUCAACAUAGAAUGCAGCAGCUGUAUAUAUGAGAUUCCUGACCUUGCUUCAUUGGGAAGUGAAGGGGUUACUGCCUAGCAUCUUCUCUCAGCAAGGGUGUCAACAUCUCUUCCAGCAGCGAAACCAUGGGGAGCGAACAGAUCGGACAAGGAGGCUUGACAUCGAAGGCCAGUCCUGGCAAAGCUACAAUUCUGGCUCUCGGCAAGGCAUUUCCUCACCAGCUAGUCAUGCAAGAAUUUCUGGUUGAUGGGUAUUUCAAAAACACCAAUUGCGAUGAUCCAGAGCUCAAGCAGAAGCUAACUCGACUCUGCAAAACAACCACCGUGAAAACUAGGUAUGUGGUCAUGUCAGAUGAGAUCCUGAACAAAUACCCUGAACUUGCCAUUGAAGGCAUCCCUACCAUCAAACAGCGAUUAGAUAUCUGUAACGAUGCUGUAACACAAAUGGCCAUUGGAGCUUCACGGGCUUGCAUCAAGAAAUGGGGCAGGUCUGUAUCAGAUAUAACUCACAUGGUCUACGUCUCCUCGAGUGAAGCUAGGCUACCAGGUGGCGACCUUUACUUAGCAGGAGGCCUUGGACUCAGCCCUGAAACGCAGCGUGUUAUGCUAUACUUUUCAGGGUGCUCUGGAGGUGUGGCUGGCCUUCGUGUUGCCAAGGAUAUCGCUGAGAACAAUCCGGGAAGUCGAGUUUUGCUGGCUACUUCUGAAACUACCAUUAUCGGGUUCAAACCACCAAGUGUAGAUAGACCAUAUGAUCUAGUUGGGGUUGCCCUCUUUGGGGAUGGUGCCGGAGCAAUGGUAAUAGGCACAGAUCCAGUUCCGGUUACUGAAAGUCCUCUCUUUGAGCUUCACACAGCAAUCCAGAAUUUCUUGCCAAACACUGAAAAGACUAUUGAUGGCAGGCUAACUGAAGAGGGUAUCAGCUUCAAGCUAGCAAGGGAGCUUCCGCAAAUAAUUGAAGAUAACAUUGAAGGAUUCUGCCACAAGUUGAUAGGAGUUGCUGGACUAACUGACAAGGAUUACAACAAGAUGUUUUGGGCAGUCCAUCCAGGCGGGCCCGCAAUCUUGAAUCGAAUGGAAAAGAGACUUGAUUUGCUUCCUGACAAACUGAAUGCUAGUAGAAGAGCUCUAAUGGAUUAUGGCAAUGCUAGCAGCAACACCAUUGUGUACGUGCUGGAGUACAUGAUAGAAGAAAGCAGGAAGAUGAAGGCAGGCGCUGCAAAUUGUGAUUGGGGCUUGAUACUGGCUUUUGGACCUGGAAUAACCUUUGAGGGAAUUCUUGCAAGAAACCUAACUAUCUAAAUAUGAUAUGGUGGUGUUUUGUUCUCCUACACUGGUGGCAGAAAAGUUCUAAAUCCAUUUUCUUGGCCCAAAACUGUCCUUGUAUAACUUGAUAGCUCUAUCAAUUCUAACUGUUUAUCCAAAUCUCAUAGCCUCCUCAAGAAGACAGGCUCUUGUAUCA